AUGGCAAAGAAGGUCUUUGCCAUCAGUAUACAGAAAGCUGACGAUAAAGAAAGAGCUGACGGCAAAGAGCGCAGGCUGCCUGACAAUUUUAUGAAGAUGCUGGACGGCCAUCGGCCAAAGAAUGUGAAGCUGCGACAGGUCGGCAGCGGGCUUCGCAGGCAUUGGGACAUGGAGUUGGUGAUCAGGUACGGCCACAUGUACAUGUGUCGUGGCUGGGAGCAGUUCUACCAUGCCUACGACCUGCGGCACGGGUACUUCCUUCUCUCCAGGUACGACGGCGACACCAUGCUCACCGUGAAGGUGUUCAACACGACUAUGUGUCGCAUGCGCUACCAGGACGACGAUGAUGCCAAUACCUACAGCCAAAGCAGCAGCGACUCUGGUUGCAGCAAAAGCAGCAGCGAGGAUGAUCCGGAAUGGAGUGGGGAAGACGAGGAGCAGAGUGGGCAUGAGGAGGUGUAG